GCCGGUCAUUGUAUAGAAAUCCAGUACGUCGCGAGAAGAAAAAAGUGGAAAAUAUAGCAGGUCUAGCGACACCGUCCGCGCCUCUGCUCAUCUCGCCCCCGAACUGCCGUCAUGGCUCCCGGAUACAUCAAGGUCUCGCCGAGGGAGCCCUCCGGAUCUUCCCAACGGAGUCCGGGGACGCCUGCUCGGUGGGCUACUACCACUCUAAGAGUCGGUGGCAUGACGUGCGGCUCCUGCACCUCGUCUGUUGAAGCGGGCUUCAAGGGCGUCGACGGUGUCGGAAGCGUGUCGGUGAGUCUGGUGAUGGAACGCGCUGUGGUCAUGCACGACCCCCAACGAGUACCUGCCGAACAAGUACAAGAAAUCAUCGAGGACCGCGGCUUCGAGGCCGAGGUUCUCUCCACCGACCUACCCACCCCCUUGCCCACUCCGAGAUUCGACCGCUCGCAUGAUGACGACAAGCCCUCGACCGCCGUGACGACUAUCGCUGUCGAGGGAAUGACCUGCGGGGCCUGCACCUCCGCCGUUGAGGGCGGCUUCGCGGAUGUGACGGGAGUGAAACAUUUCAGCAUAUCGUUGCUUUCGGAGAGGGCGGUGGUGGAGCACGAUGCGUCUCUGCUGUCCACCGACAAGAUAAUAGAAAUCAUCGAGGACCGAGGGUUCGGCGCGACUCUGGUAUCGAGCGAGUUGUCCAAGUCCGGCGAGUCGAGAUCGAGCGAGACCGAAUCGAACUCGAUGGUUGCCACGACCACAGUUGCGAUUGAAGGGAUGACGUGCGGCGCAUGCACGUCCGCGGUCGAGGGAAGUUUCUCCGGUCUCGACGGUCUAUUGCGUUUCAAUAUCAGUCUAUUGGCGGAGCGCGCCGUCAUUACCCACGACACGACCAAGAUCUCGCCCGAAAAGAUCGCCGAGAUCGUCGAAGACGCGGGCUUCGGCGCAAAGGUCAUAUCGACCGUGUUCGCCGCGGCGGACCACUCCGGCACGUCUGCGACGUCGCAAUUCAAGAUUUACGGAAACCCGGAUGCCUCGGCCGCCAAAACCAUUGAAGAGGCCUUGGCCACCCUCCCCGGCGUUAGCUCCGCUAAGCUGAACAUGGCUACGUCCCGGCUUACCGUGUCUCACCGACCGAAUCUGACGGGCUUGCGCGUGAUCGUCGAAGAGGUGGAGAAGUUGGGAUUCAAUGCGCUCGUCGCCGAUAACGACGAUAAUAACGCGCAAUUGGAAUCCCUAGCAAAGACGAGGGAAAUCCAAGAAUGGAAGAGGGCAUUCCAGAUCUCCUUGUCCUUUGCGCUCCCGGUCUUCUUCAUUGGCAUGAUUUUCCCCAUGCUCGUCCCCGCACUAGAUUUUGGAGGUCUCUCUAUCUUCCCUGGCCUUUACCUAGGCGAUGUCAUCUGCUUGGUUUUGACGAUACCUGUUCAGUUUGGCAUAGGCAAGCGUUUCUAUGUUUCAGCCUACAAAUCUGUCAAGCACAGGUCUCCGACGAUGGAUGUGCUCGUCGUUCUAGGUACUUCAGCAGCCUUCUUCUUCAGCUGCUUCGCCAUGGUUGUCUCCGUCGUCUGCCCACCACAUACCCGACCGAAAACGAUAUUCGACACCAGCACUAUGCUAAUCACAUUCAUCACUCUCGGUCGUUUCCUGGAAAACCGGGCCAAGGGGCAGACGUCAAAGGCUCUCUCACGACUUAUGUCGUUGGCUCCCUCUAUGGCUACUAUCUAUGCCGACCCGAUCGCGGCUGAGAAGGCCGCCGAAGGUUGGGAUUCCGUCGCGGGGUCGGGGAAGACGGAGACGCCGACUCGCGACGGGAACGCAGCGGAAGCUAAGGUUAUUCCUACCGAGCUCAUCUCCGUUGGUGACGUCGUCAUUAUACGUCCCGGUGAUAAGAUCCCGGCGGACGGCGUCAUCGUGCGGGGUGAGACAUACGUUGACGAAAGCAUGGUCACGGGAGAGGCGAUCCCGGUCCAGAAGAAGAAGGGCAGCAACGUCAUCGGUGGAACUGUUAACGGUCACGGCCGGGUCGACUUUCGCGUCACCCGAGCGGGCCGAGACACCCAGCUCAGCCAAAUCGUGAAGCUCGUGCAGGACGCUCAGACUACUCGAGCUCCUAUCCAGCGACUCGCCGAUACCCUCGCGGGCUACUUCGUACCGACCAUUCUCGUCCUCGGCUUUUUGACCUUCUUCGUCUGGAUGAUACUCAGCCAUGUCCUAGAUAAUCCUCCCAUGAUCUUCCUCAAGGCUGAAAGCGGCGGCAAGUUGAUGGUCUGUGUUCAGCUCUGCAUAUCUGUCAUCGUAUUCGCUUGCCCGUGCGCGCUCGGUCUGGCAACGCCCACUGCGGUUAUGGUCGGCACGGGAGUGGGCGCGGAGAACGGCAUCCUGGUCAAGGGCGGUGCCGCAUUGGAAACCACAACGAAAAUCACCCAAGUCGUGCUCGACAAGACGGGAACGCUUACCUACGGAAAGAUGAGCGUCGCGAGCAUAAAGACGCCGUCCGUCUGGCAAGACGAUGACUCACGCCGACGGCUCUGGUGGGCGAUUGUAGGACUGGCCGAGAUGGGCAGCGAGCACCCGGUUGGCAAAGCCGUCUUAGCAGCUGCACGCGUUGAACUCGGCUUAGAUGCCGAGGCAACGAUCGAUGGCAGCAUCGGCAAGUUCACGGCUGUCGUGGGCCGAGGCAUCGAUGCGGUCGUCGAGCCAGCUACCAGCUCCAACCGCACCCGUUACCAGGUGCUUAUAGGGAGCGUCAGGUUCCUGCGGGAGAAUGGGGUUGACGUACCAGAAGAUGCGGUAGAGGCUUCGGAAGAGAUAAACUCGAAAGCGAACAAGUCGAAGUCGUCGUCCGCCGGAACAACAAACGUCUUUAUCGGCAUCGAUGGCAAGUACGCCGGCCACCUCUGUCUCGCGGAUACCAUCAAGGAGGGUGCUGCCGCGGCGAUCAGCGUGUUGCACAAGAUGGGCAUUAAGACAGCGAUCGUGACGGGCGACCAGCGGUCAACUGCGUUGGCUGUCGCCUCGGCAGUUGGCAUCUCACACGAUAACGUCUACGCCAACGUGUCGCCGGACCAGAAGCAGGACAUCAUCCGCCAGAUCCAGGAGCGGGGCGAGUGCGUUGCCAUGGUCGGUGACGGUAUCAACGACUCCCCAGCGCUAGCGACGGCGAACGUCGGGGUUGCGAUGGCCAGCGGCACGGACGUCGCGAUGGAGGCAGCUGACGUGGUGCUGAUGCGGCCGAACGACCUGAUGGACAUCCCCGCGGCGCUCAACCUGUCGCGCACCAUCUUUACGCGCAUCAAGCUCAACCUGGCGUGGGCGUGCCUGUACAACGUGGUGGGCCUACCGUUCGCCAUGGGACUGUUCCUGCCGUUGGGAUGGCACCUGCACCCGAUGGCGGCCGGAGCGGCGAUGGCGUGCAGCAGCGUCAGCGUGGUAAUCAGCUCGCUGCUGCUCAAGUUCUGGAAGCGACCGCAGUGGAUGGAGGAGGCGCUGCUGGCGGACAAGGGCGGUCUCAAGAAGCGCGGCCGCGGCUGGGGCCUCGGUGGCGUUGUCGGGCGUGUCCAGGACCUCGCGGGCGGUGUGUUCGGCCGCCAGUCCCGCAAGGACGAGGGCUACGUGCCGCUCGACACCCUAGAUCGCGCCGAGGAGGUAUAGCUGCCUCCUUGUCACGUCCGCUGACAGCAGCCAUCGCUGGAUCACCACCAUUAGCGUGCGCUGCCUUUUUUUGCCCUUGGCUUUGAAGACGUUUGAAUUAAGCGGGAGGCGUUCCCGGGAGGUGGCGAC